UAAUCCCUGAGUUGACCCAGAAAAUAGGCAGUCGUUUCAAGAUCUGAUGCGGCAGUCUUUGUGCGCACCGUCCCCACUUGAGCAUGAAGCGUAACCCCGUGGAAUAUAUACUGUAAUUCAGAGGAGCUUUGUCUCGCGGAGGGGAAAUUGUUGGGAAAAGACGGAGCGUGAAGCAAAGUCGCGCAACUUUGUGAAAACGAUACGGGAGACAUGGCAGAUCAUCUGAUGAUGCCCAUGAAUCACAGCUCAGCAGGUGCCGGUCUCCACGGUUACAGGAUGGGCAUGAACGGUAGCCUGCAGGCGGGUCACCAGCAGCAUGCCAACCAGCAGGGCAUGCGGACGCUGCCCAACGGCCAGAUGAUGCACUACGGAGGCGCCCAGGCCAACAUGGAGACGGCCAUGAGACAGCGGCAGGGCAUGGUGGCCGGCCACAUGAACGGACAGCUGAACGGCGCUCAGAUGGCCCACCACCAGAUGACCUCCGGUAACAUGAUGUACAACGGGCAGCCGCAGCAGCAGCAGCAGCAGCAGCAGCAGCAGCAGCAGCAACAUCACCCUCAGCAGCAGCAGCAUCACAUGCAUCCGCAUCCACAAGCACACCAACAACAAGCCCAGCACCCGCAGCAGCAGCAGCAACAACAGCAACAACAGCAGCAGCAACAACAGUUCAUGAAUGGAGGUUUAACAUCUCAGCAGCUCAUGGCCAGCAUGCAGCUCCAGAAACUCAACACUCAGUACCACGGACACCCACUUGGGCCUAUGGGUGGGAACCACAUGGGGCCUACGACCCAGUACCGUAUGAACCCGGCUCAGCUGGCUAGCAUGCAGCACAUGGCCGGCCCGGCGCUUGCCCUAAACGGCAUGGAUGCAGAUAUGAUCGACGAGGACGUCCUGACGUCGCUGGUCAUGGAACUGGGCUUGGACCGGGUCCAGGAGCUGCCGGAACUUUUCCUGGGCCAGAAUGAGUUUGACUUCAUCUCAGACUUUGUUAGCAAACAACAGCCCAGCACGGUCAGCUGCUGAAAGGACCUGGUUUUUGUAAAGAGGCACAAAUGGAGAUAGAGGAAUGAGGUCUGUCCAGGAUGGAUGAAGCAAAUUUAUCUCCUCUGGUUUUUAUUUUAUGAGCAGGGACCUGUACAACUAAAUUAAAGUUGCGGACGGUGCAGGGAUAUCCUGGAUAUCCAGCGUGAACGCACAAAUACUUGAGUCUCAUAUGUUUGUUAGCAGGCAGAGGCUGGCUGGCUUUAAAGACUUCUUCUCAUAUUUCCUGGACAUGAAUGUAAUAAAGAAAUGCUGAAACUCUUAAAA